AUGAAGGAAGAGCAUAUUGUGGCAGGAAGACUGGAGAAUCAAACAGAGAUUACACAUUUCAUUCUGAUGGGCCUAACAGAUCAACAGGAGGUUCAGAGCAUCCUGUUUGCACUCUUCUUGAUCCUCUAUCUAGUAAGUGUGAUUGGCAAUGGGACCAUUUUGUAUGUGGUGAUGGCAGAGACCCAACUUCACACACCUAUGUAUUUUUUUCUCAGCAACCUCUCCUGCCUGGACAUUUUCUAUUCUACUGUCAUCCUUCCAAAGAUGUUGUCUGGCUUUCUCUGGGCCCAUCAAAGAAUCUCCUUUGCAGGAUGCAUCACUCAGCUCCAUUUCUUCCAUUUCCUGGGCAGCACUGAGGCUCUCCUUCUAGCUGCUAUGGCUUAUGACCGCUAUGUGGCCAUAUGCAAACCACUCCACUAUCCAGUCAUCAUGUGUAGACAGAAGUGCCUUCUGCUGGCAGCUACCACUUGGGUCACAGGGUUCUUCCAUGCCCUGAUGCAUACACUAAUGACAGCUCAGCUUGAUUUCUGUGGUCCCAAUAUCAUCGAGCAUUUCUUCUGUGACAUCAAGCCGCUACUGAGAUUGGCUUGCAGCAGCACGCAGCUCAACCUACGCCUCCUCAACAUUGUCACAGGAUUAAUUGUCACGAUCCCUUUCUUCCUAACACUUCUUUCUUACCUCUACAUUAUCUCCUUCCUCCUACUGAAGAUGAAAUCACACAGGGGGAGAUGCAAGGCCUUCUCUACCUGUAGCUCCCAUCUCACCGUUGUUGGCUUGCUGUAUGGACCUGUACUGUUCAAUUACCUUCCCCCUUCCUCAGGAAAUUCACCAAGAAGAGACAUGGUAGCCACCCUCAUGUACAGUGCAGUUACCUCUGUUCUGAACCCCUUAAUUUACACACUGAGGAACCAGGAGAUGAAAGCAGCUCUGACAAAAUCCCUGGAUACACUAUUGGCCUCUGUAAGGGUGUGA